UCCAAAAUUAUGGUGGAUGAAAAGAAGCCAAGUUUUUGGCAUAUGUUUGCUUAGAAUUCAAGUAGUUGUUAGGUGUCCACUUUGUUCUUGAGUGGGUUAUAGUCCAGCACAAAUUCAGCACUCGCCAUUUAUGCUUCUCCUUAGUAAUUCGAUUGGGUGAUAUUUUUUUUUUUUUUGAGGAAAAUUGGGUGAUAUUGUGAUGUGUGGAAAUGGAGUAUUCUUUCUAUCAGCUCUCGUGACUCUUCUUGGUUAUUAUGCUUUCGUCGCCCAAAUUUGAUGCCUCGUCUCAUCUGGGUCUCAUCAGAUUCUUCCAAAUUCUGCAGAUUCUUCAUUUGUUUCUGAAGUUGUAUUUCUGGAGUAGAAGUGAUUUCCAUUGUAUAAUGAUUGAAGAUAAUGAAUUUGCUGCCUGAGAAGCUUCAAAAUUCCUUGCCAGUCUGCUGUAUAUAAGCAUCGAGGCGAAAGCAGAUAGCGGAAUUCAUUUAUGGGCUGGCUAACCAAGAUCCUUAAAGGCCCCAGCCACAGAAUCUCAAAAGGGCAGUAUCAUGGGAAAUAUGAAGAUGAUACAAUUUGGGAAGGGCCUCCGAUUUCAGUGGAUCAAUUGUCAGAUUUCGAUAAGGAAGAACUUGAUAGAGCAAUUGCACUCUCCAUUGCUGAAGUGGAUGAGAAAGAGAAAGGGAAACAAGUUGUAGAUGACGAGUCUCAGUUGGACGAAGACGAACAGCUUGCUAAGGCUCUGCAAGAAAGUUGGAAUGUGGAAUCCACCCCUCAAUCAUCUCCACCUCGAUCACCUUCACCUCAAGCACCUUCACCUCGAUCACCUUCACCUCAACCACCUUCACCUCGAUCACCUUCACCUCAACCACCUCCACCUCCACCUCAGUCACCUCCACCACAACAACCUCCAACUCGGUCACCUAAUUUUGAUUAUGGAAGUUUCGUAGCUCCUUCUCCAUUCUACUAUCCUUCAGGAUACAGAAUCUGUGCUGGUUGUAAUAGUGAAAUUGGCCAUGGAAGAUACUUGAGUUGCAUGGGAGCUGUCUGGCAUCCAGAAUGUUUCUGUUGCCAUGCUUGCAACCAAGCAAUUUCUGAUUAUGAGUUUUCCAUGUCCGAUAAUCGUCCUUUCCAUAAAUCUUGCUAUAAGGACUUGCACCACCCCAAGUGUGAUGUUUGCAAGAAUUUUAUUCCCACAAAUGCUGCUGGACUUAUUGAGUACAGAGCUCAUCCUUUCUGGCAUCAGAAGUACUGCCCAGCACACGAACAUGAUGGAACACCCCGCUGUUGUAGCUGUGAAAGAAUGGAGCCUGUAGAUGCCAGAUAUCUAGUUCUUGAUGAUGGAAGGAAGCUGUGUCUCGAGUGUCUAGACUCAUCAAUAAUGGAUACACACGAGUGCCAACCACUUUACCUUGAAAUACAAGAAUUUUACGAAGGUUUAAUCAUGAAGGUGGAGCAGCAAGUGCCAUUGCUCUUGGUCGAGAGACAAGCACUAAAUGAAGCCAUGGAAGGAGAGAAAAAUGGUCAUCACCACAUGCCGGAGACUAGAGGCCUUUGCCUGUCAGAAGAGCAAACUGUUAACACGAUACUGAGGCGACCAAAAAUAGGAGGAUUUCGGGUAACAGGCAUGUUCCCUGAGCCUUACAGGCUCGUUCGAAAAUGUGAAGUGACAGCGAUUCUCAUUUUGUAUGGUCUGCCGAGGUUACUGACUGGGUCGAUCCUGGCUCACGAAAUGAUGCAUGCGUGGCUCCGUCUCAAAGGUUACCCGAAUCUAAGUCCAGAAGUCGAAGAAGGCAUCUGCCAAGUGCUAGCUCACAUGUGGUUGGAUUCUGAAAUCUACGCUGGCUCCGGUGGUAAUGCAGCUUCUGCUUCAUCGUCAUCAUCUGCUCCCUCGUCCUCAGCAUCCUCGUCUGGCUCUUCGAAGAAGGGGAAGAGGUCUGACUUCGAGAAAAAACUUGGCGAGUUUUUCAAACACCAGAUAGAAUCCGACAGUUCAGCGGCAUAUGGAGACGGUUUCAGGGAAGGCAACAAGGCGGUGCUCAGAUACGGGCUGAGGAGCACUCUCGAUCACAUUCGGCUCACCGGGAGUUUCCCUUGUUAACUUGAGAGCUCAGCCCCAAUUGGUAUGGAAUUCUUGCUCUAUAUUUGUAUAUGCAUAUGUCUGCAUAUUGGAUGCCUAGAAAUCAAAUGACUUGUAACUUUUCUUUAACUUAUAAGGGCUAUAGAAUACACAAGAAAGGAAAAAUAAGCCACCAAAUGUAAUUGUGCCAAUAUAUUUGUUCAUGUAUCAUCAAAUAAUUGGUAUGACAAUAUCUAUACGAAGUUUCCCCUCAAGAAUUAUUUGAAUUUGAUUUUUAGAUUUCA